AUGGACUACCACAACUCGGACGGAUGCUCGGUGUACGCAACAGGAGAAAGCCGCACGGAAGUCAUAGGAAGAUGCCGAGCAUGCCGAACUUGUGUUCGACAACACGGCAACAGUUACCUCGACCAACGUCAUUGCCGCUACUGCUCCGAGAUUCUUUUCCAUUUGAAAGAGUUGGAGAACGAGCGCGAGCUCUUCCGACAUAUAACCAUCUGGGACAUUGGGAAAUUUCCACGGACCUGCCGAAGGGUUACUUGUUUCUUCUGCUUCCUAAUGGACUACCACAACUCGGACGGAUGCUCUGAGUCCGCUACAGGAAAGAGCCGGAAGUCAUAGGAAGAUACCGAGAAUGCCGAACUUUAAGGCAAAGUUCCCUCGACCGACAUCAUUACCGCUACUGCUUCGGGCGUUUCGGAAGAUAUCAACGACUGCCAAACUCCAACGCCUGUUUAUGCCUGAUCCCUGACGACAUGAAGAACCUAGACAGAGACAUCGACUGCAUCAGACGACAACUCCAGGAACGUCGCUUAUCAGAACCCGUAAGAAUUCAUUUGACUCCAACUUUCCAACCAACUCAUUCACUACACUAG